AUUUUCAUCCCACGGCCCACUGUUUCAUCGUCUUUUUCUGUCUAUUGCCAUUCACUUCUCCUCUCUUUCUUCUCACACCAGUUCAUCUUCAACCUUCUCUCCACAAACUCUCCAUUUUUCUGCUAUUUUUGUAAAUUAUGAAUUACUAAAUUAUUUUCUACUUUUGUAAGAAAAACUCAUAUUCAUACACUAUAUAUCUACUUUUUCUGCCAUUCUUGUCGACAUUGAAGACUAAUAAAGCUCAAGUUUCUGGCCUUGUUUGGAGUUUUUGAAGCAAUAAUGUGGGCCUAAAUUCUGUGUGAGAUAGGGAAAUUGUUGCAUUGUGAAGCAUGAUGGGGCUUCUUGGAAGUCUGUCGAUGCUUCGUCUUUUAAUGUGGCUAUUUUGGUUGCCACGAUUAGGGAGCUCUCAGUUAGCUGAUUUUUCCCCGGGAGCUGCACGGGCACUAGAUGCACUUCUCCAAAAUUAUGCUUAUGUUGCAUUUGAUCGUCCACGGAUUAGGACAGGUGUUGUCUAUGAUGCAAAUGUUCCCUCGAAUUUGACUGGGAUUAAGGUGUCUGCAUUGAGGCUUAGGAGUGGUAGCUUAAGAAGGAGAGGAGUUGAAAUAUAUAAAGAGUUCAAGAUUCCCAUUGGUAUCAUUGAGAAGCCUUAUGUUGAGAGACUUGUAUUAGUCUAUCAAAAUUUGGGUAAUUGGUCUGCGAGAUAUUAUAAUUUACCUGGUUACAUUUACUUGGCUCCGGUAUUAGGUCUUCUUGCUUACGAUGCAUCAAACUUGUCAGCAACUAACUUGCCCGAGUUGGAUAUCAAAGCUUCCGUUCAGCCCAUCUCGCUAAGUUUUUCAGAUGUCAAGCCAUUUCCUGUUGGAUCAUCUGCAAAGUGUGUUUCAAUUGAUUUACAAGGUUCCGUGAAUUUCAGCAGUGUUUUGUCGGAUAACACGUGCACAACAUUUCAACAGGGGCAUUUCUCUAUUGUGAUCGAGUCAAUCGCUCCUUCUCCCGCUCCAGUGCCUCCAACACCAACCCCGGUUUCCCCUCCAAAGGGAAAGAAAAACAAGUCGAGAGUCUGGAUAAUUGUUGGUUCGGUUGCAGGAGGACUAGUGUUGUUGUUUCUUUUAGGUCUCCUGAUAAUGUGUGCGAGCAAGUACAAGCACAAGAAGAGAAUUCAACAAAUGGAGAGGGCUGCAGAGGUUGGAGAAGCGUUGCAUAUGACUCGUGUUGGGAGCACGAAAGCACCGGUUGCAACUGUAACGCGAACACAACCUACACUAGAAACUGAGUACAGACCCUAAUUUAUCCCAUCUGAACAAUCUGCCUCACAAGUUCACAUUCAUGUUUCUUUUGCUGCAGUUAGAUAUUCUUGGUGUUGCUUUAUUCAAUUCUUUUUCUAGACUUAUGACAGCAGUGUGAGUAGUAGAACAUGAUUAUUGUGUAAAUAAUAAUCUCAUAGCUUUCACAUUAGCCAUUCAUAUUUGUGAUGAUUUGUUAUAGUGUGCAUUUAGACUCUUAGCAUAUUGUAGAGUUGAUUGUGGUGAAAAUUUGUAUGAAUUCAUUGACAAGAAAUAAAAUUGUUUGAUGGUAUUUUUCCUA